AUGAAAAGUACUGGCGAAAACUCACUUUCAGCAGUAAAUGGAGAACAAUCAACUUUAUGUAUUUGUAGAAAUGUUUACUCUCUCGAGAUAGCUUUAUUGAUGAGUUCCUUACUGGGAAUGACGGGCUUUUGUACCCUCUGUGCCAUAUUUUUGUCAUAUUCUGGCGCCUUCAUCCUGCACAUUUGUCUUGCACUGAUCGGUGGUAUAGCCGUGCUAGUCGGCGUACUUACACAUUUUCCAACUGCUCUUCUUUUCUAUAUGAUCGUACAGAUAUCUUCUACUAUUUAUUUAUCAAUCAUUGCCGUUUUAUCCAUAAACGUAUUCUUCAAUCCCAGCAAAUGGAAAUUUAAUGAGGCCAGUUUUCUUGGCCAUACGAAUGAGGAAAUUCGAGAAAGUGGAGUUAUUCUGAUGUGCUUCUCAUUGUUACUUAUUCCAACAUCGGCUUGUUCCCUGGCUGCUGCUAUACAACUUUUCCAUCGAUGUGGUCAAAAGGAAAGUGAUAAUACGAAAUCUAAUGAAAAAGUUUAA